CUCCAAAGAAGAAAAAUGGGGGUCAGAGAAGUCCCAUCGUCACGGCAGCAUAAUGUAUAAAAGCGAGUGUCGUUGUAGUAGUCAAUCUCACUCACCGUUUCCUUCACGCACCUCUCCAUUUUUAUACCUAAAAAGGUGACAACCACCACCAUGACCGGAAGCUAAAAGCCUCUCCAUUUCUUGCCUUCUCUGUGUCGAUGAAAUGAAGAGUUUUUAUAUGCACUUGAGGCAUCAUCACGCCAUGGAACGAAAAUGGAUCUUCCCGAUAGCGAUUGGGUCUUUGGUCUCUCUCUUCCUUCUCUUCCUCACCACACUAACCUCAUCCGACGGUACACCGUUUCUUCCGUUCUACCGCUCAAUCACCGGGUCGGGUUCCGUUUUCGUUGAGUCCCAGCUCAAGUCUUUACCAGUUUCGACUUUACCUCCACCGCCUCGGUUUGCGUACCUAAUAUCCGGUUCUAGAGGUGAUGGUGUGAUGCUGAAGCGGACUCUGUUGGCGCUCUAUCAUCCGAGUAAUCGGUAUGUUGUGCAUUUGGACCGGGAGUCGCCGCCGGAUGAGCGGCUCGAUCUGCAGAAUUUUGUGGAGAAUCAUUCGAUUUUCCAGAAAUUUGGGAAUGUGAAGAUGAUUACCAAGGCGAAUUUGGUGACCUACAGGGGACCAACAAUGGUGGCUAAUACUUUGCAAGCCGCCUCGAUCUUGCUCAAGGAGGGUGGGGAUUGGGAUUGGUUCAUCAAUCUUAGCGCAUCUGAUUAUCCUCUCGUCACUCAGGAUGAUCUGCUGCACACAUUUUCGUACUUGCCGCGGGAUCUCAAUUUCAUUGAUCAUACGAGUAAUAUUGGUUGGAAAGAAUUUCAGAGGGCAAAGCCGAUAAUCGUAGAUCCAGGGUUGUAUAUGGAUAAGAAGGCUGAUGUUUUCUGGGUGACACAACGGAGAAGCGUGCCUACAGCGUUCAAACUAUUUACAGGUUCUGCCUGGAUGGUACUUUCUCGACCUUUUAUUGAUUAUUGCCUAUGGGGCUGGGACAAUCUGCCUCGACUAGUUCUCAUGUAUUAUGCAAACUUCUUAUCAUCCCCAGAAGGUUAUUUCCACACUGUCAUGUGUAAUGCUCAGGAGUUCCGUAACACGACUGUGAAUAGUGACCUUCAUUUUAUAUCAUGGGACAACCCUCCAAAGCAGCAUCCACACCACCUCAACAUUAACGACAUGCAAAAGAUGGUUGACAGUAACGCACCAUUUGCCAGAAAGUUCCGCCAAGACGAUCCAGUGCUUGACAAAGUUGAUUCUGAGCUUUUGUCUCGCGGUCCAGGAGUGCCUACUCCUGGUGGUUGGUGCAUAGGAAUUAGAGAAAAUGGCACUGAACCGUGCUCUGUAAUUGGUAAUACCACGAUCCUUAGACCUGGACCUGGAGCGCAAAGGCUGGAAACUUUGAUCAGCUCUCUGUUAUCUGCUAAUAACUUUCGACCAAGACAGUGCAAGUGAUAAUACCUAAACAUCUGAUAGAAGCUACGCCUCGCCUCAUCUCAACGGACUAACAGAGACAGAUUUCAGAUUACAUCCUUUAGAGGAAAGAAAAUACAGUGAGGUAACCAGUAUGUCAUUGUUUUAGCGGAAACAAGAAUGCUGUGGUUCAGAGGCAUAAAAGCAGGUAGAUUUUGUGCCAAAACACAUGGUAUGCGUGACUGAAACACAUCAUACAUCAUCGUAUCCCUCUCUUUCAUUUCUUUUUUGUUCCUUUUUAUAUACUGUAACUGUUAUGAUCAACCCUUCAUCAGAAGAUGGAAUGAAAGAGAGUUUUCGCGAUUAAUGCAUUUCUAUCAA